CACUCAAGAGAGCACUUCCUCUUGGUGAGUGGAGCUGACAACUGAAGGAAGAAUGGGGUCACACCGUCGCAUCGUGGUUUUUGCGCUGUUCAUUGCCAUUCACAUCAGUGUUGCAAGUAUCUUUGUGCCAGUGAACUUGUCCUGCAAGUGUAGAAAAACAACAUCGAAAUUUGUCCGUCCCAAAGACUAUGAAAGUGUUGAAAUCUUUCCAGCUGGGGUCGCCUGCACGAAGAUGCAAAUCAUAAUCACUCUAAAAAACCAGAUGAAAAAGUGCGUUGAUCCUGAAGCUAAAUGGGUGAAGAAUUUAGUGAGGAUUAUGGAAAGAGAGAACAAAACAGUUUGAAGUGCUCUUGGAAGGCAAGGAAAGAAUGACGCACAAAUCCCAAAUGUGAAAUGCAUCUUU